AUGCGGUACACGCCGGGCUGCUUGGCUGCUGAGGCUGCUGAGGCUGCUGGUGUACCGUACCUGGCGUGCAUGGCUCCCGUUGGCGUCGACGAGCGAAUGGGCUCCUGGCAAUGGGCAUUGGCGCUAUGGACGUUAGCCCUGGGUCCAUGGCCGUCUGGGCCGGUCGACCGGUCGCCGUCAAUGGUCGCGCGCUUCCCGCCGCGCCUUGCCCUGCCCUGCCCUGUGCCUGUCCGGUUAAUGGACGAGCUCGAAUCGAGCAAAUCGAAGGGGGGGCCUCGACGGCGCCGGAGACAAAAAGAGAGGAAGCAUGGGCAGCUCAACACUGGCACACGACACACCCCCGGGACGCCUCACUGGCUGGCGAAGACUGGCGAGCUGGCGUCUGGCAGAAACUUGGGUGGCAGCCCCGUGGUGGCAGCGUGGCAGCUUGCAUGA